AUGGCGACCUCAAACAAUCCUCGAAAAUUUAGCGAGAAAAUCGCUCUUCACAACCAAAAACAAGCCGAAGAAACUGCAGCUUUCGAGGAGGUGAUGAAAGAUCUCAGUAUUACCAGGGCAGCGCGGUUACAGUUACAGAAGACCCAGUAUUUACAGCUUGGACAAAAUCGGGGCCAGUACUAUGGAGGCUCACUGCCCAACGUCAAUCAGAUUGGAAAUAGCACGGUUGACCUACCUUUCCAGACCCCUUUUCCAAAUUCAGGGAUGGACACAAGCAGAACAAACCGACACCACGGCUUAGUGGACAGAGUCUACAGGGACAGGAGCCGCAUAACAUCACCACACCGCAGACCACUCUCUGUGGACAAACAUGGCCGCCAGAUUGACAGCUGUCCAUAUGGCUCUGUGUAUCUGUCACCACCUCCCGACACCAGCUGGAGAAGAACUAACUCGGACUCCGCUUUGCAUCAGAGCACUUUGAACCCUGCGCCACAAGACACGUUUGCAGGAGGAUCACAAGACUUACAGCCAAAACGAGUUCUUCUACUGACAGUGCCAGGAGCAGAGGAGACAAAAUCUGACAUAGAUAAGGAUGCUCAGAAACAUAUCUGGGAUAACAAGAAGAAUGUGUCAUCUAGGCCUAAGUCAUGUAAGGUUCCGGGAAUCAACAUAUUUCCAUCUCCUGAUCAGGAGAUGACUACAUCACUGAUCCCAGCUACACACAACACGGGUGGCUCGCUGCCCGACCUAACAAACAUCCAGUUUCCUCCACCGCUGCCCACUCCUCUGGACCCUGAAGAUGCUGCCGCCUCUCUCAGUGUAUCCAACAGCACUGGCAACCUGACAAACAUCCACAGUCACAUGGGCCUGAGCUCUGCCAGCCAAGGCGUCACAUCCUCACAGCCCCCAGUGACAGUGACAGUCCAGCGGCGGCAAGACGGCAUCGUUCCUCUCAUUCUGAAUGCUGAUGCCCAGCAGCACCAGGCUCUCCAGCAGCUUUCCCCAACCCUGUCCCCUCCGCUCUCUCUCGCACAGGCCGUGACGAUCGAUGCCAUGACGUUAGAACAGCAGCUAGCUCAGUAUGCCUUCUUCAGCCAGCCGCCCGCUCAGACACAAACAGUCGGCGGUGUCCAGCUGCAGCAGACACCCCAGGAGCAGCAGCACCAGCAGCAGCAGCAGCAGCAACAGCAACAAGGUGCCGGAUUGGCCAGACUGGUCCAGCUGCCUCCGCUAUCCAUCACCACAGCCUCCACACUGCCUCAGUCAACCCCAGCGAGCCAGACACAGACAUCUGGCAUUAACAUUUACUCACAGUACCGCUGUAGGGUGGGCUCUUCUGCCAAUCAGUCUCCCACCUCUCCAGUCUCCAAUCAAGGCUUCUCCCCCGGGGGCUCGCCUCAACACUCGUCCAUUCUUGGAAGUGUUUUUGGCGACGCUUUCUAUGACCAGCAGCUGUCCUCCAGACAGACUAGUGCACUCUCUCAGCAGUUGGAGCAAUUCAACAUGCUUGAGAAUCCCAUCAGCUCCAACAGCCUGUACAGUGAUGGCUCAACCCUCAACUACUCACAAGCUUCAAUGCUCAACUUGACCGGGAGUCACGGUAACCUGCAGGAUGCCCAGCAACACGGCUACAACAACAGCCACGGCAACAUCCCCAACAUAAUACUCACAGUGUCAGGAGAGUCUCCACCGAGUCUGUCUAAAGAGCUGUCCAGCUCUCUGGCCGGUGAUGUCAGCUUUGAUGCAGAUUCACAGUUUCCGUUAGACGAACUGAAAAUAGACCCUCUGACACUCGAUGGCCUACACAUGCUCAAUGACCCCGACAUGGUACUCGCCGACCCGGCAACAGAGGACGCGUUCCGGAUGGACAGGCUGUAGUCCUGAGGUACACAGCGUUGACAGGUCACGCUCGGGAUUGGGGUGUUGUAGUGGUGUGGAUGUAGAGUUUCUGACUCUACGUGUCCAGCAUAUUCAAGCGCAAAACCCUACCCUCACCCUUAAGAACCAUCUAGGAAUUAAAACUAAAAGUCCAGAGUUUCAGAUCGUUGUCGUAGUUUUGCUGAAGGAAAAAAAAUAAUAGGGGAACUGAUAGUGCUGCCAAAAAAAAGGGUGAAAGUAACGUCUUGGAUCUGCUGCCAGUCCAUGCUACAUACGUUUAUUCACUAGUCUCAACAAACGCACACUUCCUAAAUUUCAAACAGAGAAGAUACUUCAACACUAAUUAGGACGUGAGAUUUGUGACUUUGCCUCACCUCCUGUAGAUCACAAAAACCUUUCUGUUUUCCUAAACAUCCGUGACCCCCUCAUUGCCAAUGACAUAGUGAUAAAUGCCUUUUUUGUUAAAAUUGUCUGUAGUUGUGUGUCAUAUUUGU